AAGGCGGUGGUGUUACAGUUCACAGUGAAAAGUCAGGAAUGCAAUCAUAGUGAGACUUACCGCAGUAGCCUACACAAUUAGCUAGAUCCGGAGUAUUUCUUGAACGACGUUAUUAAGGCAACCUGGAAGAACCGGGAAUAUCCAAGACAUCCACGCAACAUGGAUUUCCUAUAAAACCGUCAAAAUGUGAGAUGACCCAGGAGAAAAAGCAGACCAACUGCAUCAUGUUGGUCAAAAGAAUACUCACGAAAGAUGGGAACCCAGGUGUGGGCAGAGCCAGUGUGACCCAUGCAGUGGUGGUCAUCUUCUUGGAGUUUUUCGCCUGGGGUUUGCUUACAACUCCAAUGCUGACUGUUCUGCAUGAAACGUUUCCGCGCCAUACGUUUCUCAUGAAUGGGCUUAUCCAGGGAGUGAAGGGGCUGCUGUCCUUCCUGAGUGCCCCUCUGAUCGGGGCCCUGUCGGACACGUGGGGCCGGAGGUCCUUCCUCAUCCUCACCGUCUUUUUCACCUGCGCCCCCAUCCCGCUCAUGAGAAUAAGCCCGUGGUGGUACUUCGCCUUGAUUUCCGUAUCUGGGAUCUUCUCUGUGACGUUCUCCGUGAUAUUUGCGUACGUAGCUGAUGUCACCGAAGAGCAUGAGAGAAGCACAGCUUAUGGACUGGUGUCCGCCACGUUUGCGGCAAGCUUGGUGAUGAGUCCAGCCAUCGGCGCCUACCUUUCAUACAAAUACGGGGACAACCUGGUGGUGCUGGUGGCCACCUUAAUCUCCCUGUGCGACAUCUGCUUCGUCUUCCUGGCCGUGCCCGAGUCCCUGCCAGAGAAGAUGAGGCUGAACUCGUGGGGAACGUUCAUUUCGUGGAAGCAGGCCGACCCAUUUGCUUCCCUGAAGAAGGUGGGGAAGGACUCCACGGUGCUGCUGAUCUGCAUCACAGUAUUCCUGUCCUACUUGCCCGAAGCCGGCCAAUACUCCAGCUUCUUCCUUUAUUUACGACAGAUCAUUGGCUUUUCACCCCCAACAAUUGCAGCCUUCAUAGCCGUGGUGGGGAUCCUUUCCAUCGUAGCACAGACUGUAUUCCUGAGCCUUCUAAUGAGAUCGAUCGGGAAUAAGAACACGGUACUACUCGGGCUUGGGUUCCAGAUUCUCCAGCUGGCCUGGUACGGGUUUGGAGCAGAACCGUGGAUGAUGUGGCCCGCAGGCGCGGUGGCCGCCAUGUCCAGCAUCACCUUCCCAGCAGUCAGUGCUCUGGUGUCCCGCAGCGCGGAUCCCGGGCAGCAAGGCGUGGUGCAGGGAAUGAUAACUGGGAUCCGGGGCCUCUGCAAUGGACUGGGCCCGGCUCUAUAUGGGUUCAUCUUCUUCCUCUUCAACGUGGAGCUGAACGACAACCCAAACCCGAGCGACACCACCGUGCCCCUGCAGAAUCUUACAGCCAAGCCUGUCGAUCUCUCCCCGCAGCAGAGGCUGAGUGUCCCCGGCCCGCCCUUCCUGUUCGGAGCCUGCACGGUGCUGGUGGCCUUGGCGGUGGCCUCCUUCAUCCCAGAGUGCCACAGGCUGGUGGUGAAGACCUGCAGCGCCCGCAAACCCAGCGGCAGCCCCCAGGGUGACACGCCUCUCCCGGGCAGCGACGAGGACAACGAGCCCCUCCUGCAGGACAGCACCGUCUGACGGGCGGGGACGCACCGGACCGGUCCCCUCGGGGUACGAGGGAAGGCUUUCGCUGCUCCGUUCCCUCUGGGCCCGAGGACAGAGAUUAUCACCCCGUCGGUGAAGAGUUCACACGAGUUGCACAUAUUCGUUUUUCCCGCUUUAUUGAACAAAGAUUUGACCGUGGUUUUAUAAUGACGGGAUUUAUUAUUCCAGAGUUUUUUUAAUGAUGUGGAGUGUGGAAUCUGUCGAAUGAGAAUCUGAAUCGAGUGGGGUUUUUUUGGGGGGUUUUUUGGGAGCCGUCACUUGAAGGAAAAGUGCUAAAAUCUCCCAUAAAGCAAUCAUGUUGUAGUCCCUGUUUCAUAAUGAGAUGGGGCUAUACUACAUUUCUGAAAUGAGUUACAGGUUUAAAUUGGUUCUAUUGGCUGUGCAAAUAUUUUUGUUUUAUUUAAUUCCCUUUUGUCGUAAUGCAUGAAGGUAGGGUGUUACAGUAUGUAAGUCCUUUCAGAAGUCAAUAACAAGUUUUAGAAAUUCUCCAUAUUAGUUUUAUACUAAAAGCUUUGAACACAGUAUGAUCCUAAGCCUGUCUGUUUGGUUGAAUUCUUAUUGAAUGUCAGUAUCUGCAAGUCAUCUGCUUAGCAGAUCAGUCCUUUUGGUGUGACAGAUGAUUAUGGAGUGAUAAUUGCUCUUGUCAUAUGCCUACAAAUAACGAGUCAGUUUUGAGCACAACACGUUCGCAAGAGUCGUUCUCGGUGCUGGGUUUGACGGGUCCGGCUAACAAGGGCUCCUGGAAACUGACAGAAAAAGGACCUUCCAGCUACACGGCAGAGCUCUCAGAUCAUUGUUGCUGUGCAGAAGCUGCACAGGAUCACUGAUCUUUAAAGCGUGUGGAUUGACACGGGGGCUCGGGAUCGGCUCGGAAUAGCCAUCCGUGUGAUUUAGCGGUCUCUGCGGCGUUAGUUUAAAAAGCGAGCUUGGUUUCUCGGGAGGAGCUGGGAGAGAGCUGUGCGAGAAGAACGAGGCAACGGCUGAAGGAUAUGGGCGCCAUGGCAACAGAACUUGCCGGACAGAAAAGGAAGACGGGGGCCUUACUGAGCCGUGCAGAGAAUAUGAGUGUCUAAGAGAUACGUCUGCAAAGACCGUGACGCAUUUGCCAUUAAAGAAAGUAGUGUAAGCAUAGGUAAAAUACCCAGGCAGUUUGUCAUCAGCCGUCAGUGAUUUUGAUUUAGAUUUGAGCCAUGUCCGCUAUAAAGCUAUAUAUGACCAGCUAUAAAGAUGGCAAGAUGAGGCUGAUAAUUCUACCCAAUGUAUUGAGGAGGUGACCCGUUAUACAGUGAUUCCUCGGCCACAGAGGAAAUGAAGUGUGUAAACCCAGACUCUAUCACUUCCAGAGUCGUCAACCAGUGCAGCCAGUUACACUCACAGUACAGCUGUGUGCCGCUUCGAAAGCCUUACCGUCAGGGAAGUGAUUUUUUUCUUCAUUUUCCGAUUUGUUAAAACACAGAGGAACAGGGAGUAUUGUGAGCACACGCAUGAAAAGCCUUUGCGCUCUGGUCGGCCAUAACAGGGGAGACUCGUCAAGUACGGGCCAAAUUCUAGCAGCCCCAGAGACGUCUCCGUAUUUACUGAUUCAUCUCGGUGGAAUCAUGGAGAAUUUCGUCCCCUGUGCUGUAAGUAGUAGGCUUAGCACUUAAGGGUUAUCAGAAUGCUGUCAAGUUGAGUUUCGUACUCUUUUGGAAUUGUGCUUGGAAGCCUAUGAUCCAUUUGCUUCCAGAUAAGCCCAAGACCACUCCGCGUCAAAGAGAGAAGCUGUUUAUUGUCCUUGGUGUUACAUUUGAGAGGUGAAACCAUUAAUUGUAGUUGAAAUACUUGAGAUGUUACAGACUGUUGGUGAAAUAUGAAUUCAUUUCAGUCCUAUGCAUUAUUGUAUACUUUCAAUUUGUAUACUUGGUCCAAUUUGAGAUUCUGGAUGCUACGGCAAUCAUGGGCAUCAUCUUGUACUAUCUUGUACAAAUGAUCCAUCUGCUGAAUUUGUACUUAUGCAGCUAGUGUUACUGAGGAAUGCUUUUAGGGAUGAUGUGUUUUAUUUUUAAAUUAGAUUUUCGGGGACAUGUUUGUACCAUAAAAGUUUGCACUCAGUUAAACCUUUCUUAAGAGUUAUGAUUUCAUAGCAUAACUUGUAGUCUUGUGUGGAACAAAUAAAAACAACUAAUUUUUACUCCCA